AUGGACGAGCAAUAAAGAUCAAUGGCGAACGCCGGAUCAUCAUCUCUGGUGCAAUUCACUAUCCACGCAGCACGCCUGAGAUGUGGCCUGACUUGCUUCGAAAAGCAAAAGAAGGUGGCCUUGAUACUAUUGAGACUUAUAUUUUUUGGAAUGGCCAUGAGCCUCGGCGCCGCGAGUAUUAUUUUGAAGGCAAUUAUGAUGUGAUUAGAUUCUUUAAGGAAAUUCAAAAUGCUGGAUUAUAUGCAAUAUUACGGAUCGGCCCUUAUGUUUGUGCUGAAUGGGACUAUGGAGGAGUUCCUGCUUGGUUACGCAAAAUCCCAGGGAUGGAAUUUAGGACCAACAACCAGCAAUGGAAGGAUGAAAUGGCAAAUUUCACUACUUUAAUAGUAGAUAUGAUCAAAAAAGAAAGGUUAUUCGCACCACAAGGAGGACCCAUCAUCCUAGCUCAGAUUGAGAAUGAGUAUGGAAACAUUAUGGGACCUUUUGGUGAUGCUGGAAAAGAAUACAUUAAAUGGUGCGCAAAGUUUGCGGAAUCUCUCAAUGUUGGUUUACCAUGGAUCAUGUGUCAGCAAUCAGAUGCUCCCCAACCAAUGAUCAACACUUGCAAUGGUUACUAUUGCGAUAAUUUUACACCCAAUAACCCAAACAGUCCAAAAUUCUGGACAGAAAAUUGGCUUGGCUGGUUCAAAGCUUGGGGCAAGCCAGACCCCCAUAGGCCUGCUGAAGACUUAGCUUUUGCGGUGGCUCGUUUCUACCAAUCCAAAGGAACGCUUCAGAACUAUUACAUGUAUCAUGGAGGAACCAACUUCGGUCGCACACCAGGGGGUCCAUAUAUCACAACCAGCUAUGAUUAUGAUGCUCCACUUGAUGAAUAUGGAAAUAUCAAGCAACCCAAAUGGGGGCAUUUGAAAGAGCUCCAUGCUGCCCUAAAAUUGAUGGAGAAGUCUCUCACUUAUGGAGAAGUGAAUAACACAGACUUCGGCAAUGGUGCAGCGGCAACUAAAUUCUCAUACAAUGCGACUGUAUCUGGCUGCUUCUUAAGUAACGCAAACCAAUCUUCCGAUGCUACUUUGGAAUAUCAAGGAACCAAAUAUUUCUUACCUGCUUGGUCUGUCAGUAUUCUACCAGAUUGUAAGCAAGAAGUGUACAACACUGCCAGGGUUACAACCCAGACUUCUAUCAUGGUAAAGAAGCCCAACAAGGCAGAUGACGAGGCUUCUGAUCUAAAGUGGUCAUGGAGGCCGGAGACCUUGGGAUCCUCCGUCAGAGGUCUCGGGGGUAACUUCACAGAGAAUAAGCUCUUAGAACAGAUCACCACCGCUGUCGAUGAGAGUGACUACUUGUGGUACAUGACAAGUGUGGAUAUUACUCACAAGCAAGAAAUGACACUUCGUGUAAACACAACCGGCCAUGUCCUCCAUGCUUUUGUAAAUGGGCAGCUUGUAGGAUCGCAGUAUGUUGGUGUUGCAUCACCACUUUCGAUCCAAGACCUAGAGCUAGAAUUUUUUAGCACGACCGGAGCUACCUCUAUGCUUGGAUGGAUUCAGGCCUUGAAUUUUGGAGGAGCUGUAAAUAAUUUAAGGUGCUUGCAAUACAACAAUAGUGAGAUUCUUGCUGAAGAUGCUUAG